ACUACCAGCUACCCCAACAAUGGCUGCUUCCUUAGUAGUAUUAAUUUCUGGUUCAGGAUCAAAUCUUCAGUCAAUAAUUGAUGCUACUCAAAAUGGAAUAUUGAAAGGAAAAGCUGUUGUCAGUCAUGUGCUGUCUAAUCGCAAAAAUGCGUAUGGACUAGAACGGGCAUCAAAAGCGGGAAUUCCAACAUCAGUGCAUCCUUUACUUCCUUAUAAAAAAGAAUACGGAAAUGAAAUUGGUCGGAAUAAGUACGAUACCGAUUUGGCAGAGAGAAUUAUUGCAUUGAAGCCUUCAUUGGUUGUAUGUGCAGGUUGGAUGCACAUAUUGUCUCCCGAGGUCUUAGGUCCUUUGGAAAAACAAAAAAUUGGAAUUAUAAAUCUUCAUCCUGCUCUUCCUGGUGCUUUUAAUGGGAUCCACGCGAUUGAAAGAGCAUUUGAAGCUGCACGUGAAGGUAAAAUAACCAAAACAGGUGCAAUGGUACAUUGGGUUAUUACUGAGGUAGAUGGAGGGAAACCAAUUUUGAUUCAAGAAGUUCCUAUAGAAUCUUCAGAUACUGUCGAAACCUUGGAAGAUAAAAUUCACGGUGUGGAACAUAAGAUUCUCGUUGAAGCCAUCCAUAACAUCGUUUCCGCUACUAGCGAUUCCUAAUUCCCUACUUUUACUAUUCCCUGACUCGCUUACAUAUUAGAUGAUCAAUGAUCUAAGAAAGUGUCUUCAUAAAUAUAAUCAUUAAACUGGUUGGUCUUAAAAUCUAUUCCUCUCAAAUAUUAUGAAAGCGAUUUAAAACGAAAGGUUUAAAAACUUACUGGUGUACAGGAACAGUACGAACCUUUAUGCCAUUAAACUUGUUGUUACUAGCAGAAGAACAAAGGGUUUUAAAUAUGGACAUUUACGAAAAGUACUAAGUAAAUUCAAAAAGCUUUUGUAUGGUUUGCAUAUAAAGAGCAUCAUGUUUAGAAUGCAAUGGAUGAAUAUGUACAAUAACGAAAUGUUGAUAUUUACGUCACGCCAAUUUGAAGUUUUGCCUCUUUUUGAAAGCUUUUAGGAAAAAUUGCGAAUAAAGCAUCAGCGGCGCUACUCUGGAAGAAAUGUAUUAAUCACAGUCAAACAAUGUUGAAGGCAACACUCUUGAAUUGUAUUAAGUUACAUGACGUCUAGGUGGAGUUAAAAAAUAGCGGUAAAAUAUAAAUACUUUAUGGAAACCAAAAGGUAUUUGUAUUGUGAAAAAAAAGACAUAUUUUUCUUACCUAAAUGUCGGACGAACACUUAGGAAGCGAGAACCAAUUCCUCUCUCCCAAGAAGCAAGUGCAUCCACGAGGAGCAUCCAGGAAAGUCAAUCGUCGAUUAUCAGUGUCCCAAGAUGACCAAGGACGGUUAAACAGAGAUUUUAACAGUUUAACUCCUGAAGUGGAUUUUAAUCAGGAGAAAUGGGAAUAUAAAACUACACGUCCUAAAGCUGACAGCCCGUUUCAUUUCGGUGAAUCUACUAAUGAAAAGGGGAGCGACGCAACAACAGACAUGAAUUUUUGAUAGAGACAUCAUUCUAGGGCUUCUACGUCAAAGCAAUUGUUGCUCUUUGUGAGUAUGUGAAGAAGAUUCAGCAAGCGUGGUAAACAAAAACGAAACCACGCUUUCUAAACUACGAUUGUACAAAUUGUCGAAUAUAUAAAUUUGUUUUGGACGAAAUGCUACAUCUCUCAUCUUAAAACUAAUGUGCUUAGAUCCGAUAAUUUCUCAUAAUCCUAGAGAUAUACCCAGGUGGAAAUGGAUAUAUGAUUUGAACGAAUUAAGCUCAUUUUGAUUUAUGUUAGUUGAUGAAAAAUAAUUACUAUAAUUAAUGUUUUUUAAUGCUGAAUCAUUUCCAUUGAAGGUAUAGUAUAUUGUAUGUGGAAAAUAUAAUUCUUCAAUAUGAAUCGUUCUUAUGUUAUCUCAAUAGAAUACGCCCCCUUGAUUUGAAAAGUAA